AACCUUAAAAUUUCCACCAAAAGCACCAAAAGUCGUAUGACAUUUUGGAAAUAAAUCUGUCAAAAAAAGUUUGUAAACAAAUAAUUUACAAUGACAGAUAAUAUAAGUAAUUCGUACGAUAUAAAUGGACAGCACUUUAAUCAUGAUAUGCAUUUGCAGAAAUUAUUAAAGGAAUGUUCACUUAAACAAAUAAUGGACCAUGAGGCAGAAAUUAUAAAGAACACACAAACUUUGCAUUCGGAUAUGCAAACUCUGGUCUAUGAAAAUUAUAAUAAAUUUAUAUCUGCCACGGAUACAAUUCGAAAGAUGAAGAGCGAUUUUAAUCAAAUGGAGGAAAGUAUGGAUUUAUUGGCUAAAAAUAUGGAAAGUAUCACUUCAUUUUCAGAGCAAAUUUCAUCGACUCUACAAGGAACACGUCAACAAAUUUCUCGAUUAUCAUCCGUACAUGCUCUGUUGAAAAAAUUACAAUUUCUCUUCAAGUUGCCCAGUAAUUUGAAAGAUAAAAUGAACGCUGGAAAUUAUAAUCAGGCAGUGCAAGACUACAUGCACGCGCAACGUGUCCUGAAUCAAUACGGAAACAUGCCGUCCUUCCAGGGAAUUCAAAAAGAUUGUGAGGAAAUAGUUGAGGAACUAAAAUCGAAACUUCGAACGCAAUUUCAUAAGAAAGAUGCUUCAACGAAAUUACUAGCAGAAUGUGUUGAUCUACUUCUUCAGUUAAAGGAACCUGCUGAUUCUUUAUGCGCUGAAUUUUUGACGUACGCGGAAAUUCGAUUGACUGGUCAAUUGGAAGUAUUGAGCGAUAUGUGCGAAAAUGAUAUUAUUGAAUUUGUCGAUAUGGGAAGUUCAGGAUUUCUCAGCGAUUUGUGCCUAAUUGUUGCUUCAUACAAUGAUAUGUUUAUAAAUAGACAACCUCUCGACGACGAUGAAUUCAGUGAUGAUUUUGAUAUUAAAGCUGUCUCACGCCUUAAUACAUUUAUAAUGAAUAAUAUGAAGAAUUAUUUCGAAUUAAUUGGAAAACGUGUCGAGGAUGUGACGGACACGGCAAUUUUAGUGAGGGCACUCGAUAGAUUUCAUCGGAGAUUGCAAGCAAUGAAUUCACUUUGUAGCGAAACUGAUUUUGCUCGAUCGAGUGUCGAUAUUGUCAUCAAUGCUGGAAGAAGACAGUGCCGUAAUCAUUUACACUCGUUGAAGCAACAUUUGAAUGAAGCUUUGGUGAAAGUGCGACAAAUUCUUGCAACAAAGACAACGCAAGAAGGAGAUGGAGGUUUAGCCGAACUUCAGGCAACGCUCGUAAUGCCAAUCAUCGAAAAAGUCAAAGGCGUUCUUCAAGACCUUCUGGUAUUUCUACAAUCAGACCUGUCAUUUAGUCUGAAACCUCAAUUUCUACAAAGUUUCUGCGUUGACGAAGUCAGAGAAAGUCUAGUCGUUGGAUUUUUACAUCACCUGACAGCGACGGCAAGUGGAUUCUGCACCGGCUCCGAUGUUCCUAAAUUUCCUCCAACACUAUUGUUACUCUUGAGUAAAAUGUGUUUGGAAUUUAAAGACAGCAGUGUCAAUUAUUUGCUCACCGCUGCUGAUGAAAUGUUCAGUAUUGAAGAAUACGCUGGAAGCGGCAACAUCAUAACUCCCGAGAGUGAAAUUUGCGAGAAUUUCCAGAAUGCCGCGCAAACAUUAUUGAACCAUUAUGUUCGUCUUCAAGGCUUAGCCGUAUCGCAAAUGUUGAGGAAAUCCAUUGAAACCAGAGAUUGGUUGCAUACAAUUGAACCACGAACUGUGAGAGCCGUUAUGAAGCGAAUCGUCGAAGACAUUACUGCAAUCGAAUCUCAAGUCACUGCCCUUUAUGAAGAUUCGGACGUUCAAAUGGACAGAAGCAGCGACAGCAGCAGAAAAGCCCACAGUAGCAGCACAUCGAGACAUCAAUAUCGUUCAAAUUGGUCGUCAUUCACAUCGAGUCAUUUGGAUUCAUCGCUGAUGACGAAUAUUCACAAAUUAUUCUCAGAACGGAUUGAAAUUUUCUCAUCCGUUCAAUUUAACAAAGCAUCAAUUUUAACCGGAAUCAUCAAAAUUAGUUUGAAGACUUUUCUCGAAUGCGUGAGAUUGCGAACUUUCAGUAAAUAUGGUUUGCAGCAAAUUCAAGUCGACACACACUAUUUGCAGUUAUAUUUAUGGAGAUUCGUUGCCGAUGAAAAUCUGGUGUAUUUUCUACUUGACGAAAUUCUCGAGAGUGCCGUUCAUAGAUGCUUAGAGCCUGUUCUCAUGGAACCAAGUGUCGUCGAUAUAAUCUGCGAGAGAAAUUAAUUACCGUCCAUUAGAAUCAUAAUUAUAUUUUGCAAAUUUCCUUAGAGAAAAAUUGUAUAUAUUUAAAAAAAAGUCCCAGCGCUCACUGUCGGUUUUUAGAGAUGAAAAUCACCUCUUUUAUUCCUCUAGGGAAUUAAAAACCGAAAAAAAUUUCCAAAACCAAAAAAAAUACUGUUGUAUUCUUUUUGGUUUUGGAAAUUAUUUUCGGUUUUUGAAGCUCAGUGUCGAAAUUCAGGGUCUGGAAAAAACUGUAAAUACAAGGAAAAAAGUAAUUAAGUGAAAUUAUUAUAAGUUAAUGAAGAUAAAUAAUUAUUUAUACAAUAAACGUAGUACGUAUUAAAUUUAAUUCUUUUCAGACUAAUUAAUUCGAAAAGUAGAUAUUUUUUUUUGCAAAUUGGAAAAAUUUGAUAGAAAAUGAAUGAUGGUAAUUAAAAGAAGAAAUGUCUGCUUCCUGUAUAAUUGUUUGAUACUUUGGUUGUUCGUCUGCCUCGACCUCCCACGCAGGUCGAGGUACCAGGGGUUGAAUACAGUGUCAGAGUAUAAUUUAAAUGUCAUGGAGUCACAUACUUUUCUUUGUCGUCUCCCUCUUUCUUUCACGAGACAAAUAACUCUUUCACUCUCUUGAACUGAUUAAAGUAAAACCAUUAAGAUCAGAAUACGGUAUUUAUAGUGAGGUCAAAUGAUUUUAAUAAUCCUUAACACUCCAACAUUUAUAUUCGACUCUAACAUUUAUUUUGAAUGUAUCAUUCAAUUUUAGAUUUAUUUUACACGA